AUGAACGCAAACGAAACCAUCUACAGCGCAAACGUCCCCAAUGUCUGCCAAAAAUAUAUCAAUGGCGCCAUCAACCCCCCUAGCGGACCCUCCUGCUUUUCCUCCCUCUACUCCACCAUCGCCAACCACAACGCAACCUUCUCAACAUGCUGUAGCAAUGCCAAACCUGAGAUCUACGACGAUGAUAAACCAUGCUUCCAAUACUGCAUGGCCGGCGAUUUUGUGGCCGAAAAGGCCAUGUAUGAGUGUCUGAAGAAAUCGAAUAUCAACUUUGGGUGUACGGGGACGAGGGACGAGGCGGGGAACUUCAGCGAUGCGGGGCCGGCGAGGAACUUGUCGCUGGGCGGGGCGUUGGUUGUUGGAUUGGCGUUGGUGGGGGUGUUAAGUGUAUGA